CUAGUUGAGACAAAAAGAACAGCAAAAGAAAAAAGAACAUAUAAUGAGUUUUUCAGUAAUUAAGAUGAAUAUGAUCUCGUUUGUUAUGGUGAUCAUCUUGGUCCAUGGUUUGGCACUGGACACCGGCAGGAGCAGGAAUGUGAAGAAGAUGAGAUACGGUGGCGGAGACAGCGAGGAAGCGGCGGCAGAGGGUGGGGCGGAGGUGGAGACCGCCGGGAGACCAUAUGAAUAUGAGCAAUCAUUAAGAGCAGGAGGAAUAUGGUUACCAUCUCCCAUGCCCCACCACUUAGGUCACAUGGGUGUUCCUUCACCACCACCUAUUCUCUAUCGCGUCACCGCGGUGGCAAAGCAGCUCCGGGCAUCUCCGCCGCUGCCCCGCCGCCUACUCUGUAUUUAGUUGCAGCAUAUAAAUCUUGAAGAGAUAAUCCAGAGAAGCAUGGAGAAGGCUUCAUUUCGUCAGCUGUUGGGAAAAAAUAUUACUCCCUCCGUCCCUAAAUAGAUUACAAAUUGCGAGUUACGAAAUAAAAAUUUCCUACUUUU